AGGGACGUGCACAGGGGGGUUGCUCAGGUUGCCCGGGCAACUGCCCAUAUUGCCCUUCUCGACUCAGGUUGCCCUUCCGAGGUGGAAAAAAUAAAAAAAUAAAUCGUACAAUGGAUGCAGAAUUUCACGUAGGUCUAGAUAAAAAACAACGCAAAGCCUCAUUCACUUCCAUAUUCGGUCACCGAAAAUGAAAGUCAGUAGGGGAAGAGCAAACUCUGUUUACAUGGCUGCAGCGCUGCACGCGACCGGCACCUGAGCUGAGCCUGCAUGAGCGGUCCUAGAAGGAGAUUGUCGCGGUUGUCGGGUGAGACGACACAACGUUGUCAGAAAACUUUAAGAUCUCAGGCGCUGUAUAGGAUGUCUGUUCCUUUCUCCAACACAAACCUGCGGAUUCCCAGAGGGUUUGGGAAUUUAUUGGAGGGUCUUGCUAAAGAGGUGUUGAGGGACCAGCCUGAAGACAUCCCUGCCUUUGCUGCACGUUACUUUUCAGGGCUUCUUAAAGCCAGAGAGGAGAGCGGCCUUGAUCCAGCAGAGUGGGGUGCGAGGUUAGAAGACAGGUUCUACAAUAAUAAUACAUUUAAAGUCCAGUUCAAAACACAAAUAAUAAAACAAACAGGUGGACCAGGAGACAUUUGCGAGCAGGACUUCAAAGGACAUAGAAGUGUUUUAGAGGAAACAGAAACACAAGGAAGCUUCGGUUUACCUAAAGAAAAUACAAGUAACAAAGCUGGUGAUGAUACUAAAACAUUUGGAAACAAUGGAACUCGAGAAGCAAAAGAGCUCAAUGCUUAUAAUUCUUCAGAUUAUUCAGAUGACACUGAAGAUAAGAAGAAAUAUGAGUUAGAUAAGAAGCAAGAUGAGGAAUCAGGCGAGGCAAAACAUGGGCCUGCAGCAGACAUUUCCCAUGUGGAAGGAGCAAAUGUUGACAUAUGUGCACAAGAGGUCAGAGACUCCAGUGAGGUUCAGGAUCAGGAAGAAGUUUCAGAGAAUACAGACGUACCGAGAGACAACAACGACACAGCAGAUGAUAUUGAUAUCUGCAGAUCUGAACUUGAUCCCACACCUCUGACGUCCUUCGGUGGUCUUGCAAAUGUAGAUGUAUGUGCUGAAGAAAUGAACCCCCCUUUGACUAAAUCUGAACGUACCGAGGACAACAGAGACAUGGAAGACCCAGAAUCACACGGUGUGCAGGAUUCACCAAUUAACCAGUUUCCAGAAUCUUUAAUUGAAACUUCCUCACAUGUCGAUUAUGAUAUAGACAAACAAAAGGAUGAAAUGUCUGAUGAUGAAAACACGGAGGAACCAGAAUCUGAUGGUCAUUUUGAAAAAUCAGAACAGGAAGCGUCAGAGAUAACAGAUACGUUUUUGGAGGAUGAAGAUGAAGAGACCACCGAGAAGGUUUAUUUAGAGGAGUCAACAGAAAGAACCAAUGAUCUUGACAUAACUGAAAACAGUAUCACAAGCACAACUGAAGCAGGACAAGGAACGGAGGAAAAAGAUGAAACACCCAACAGUGAAGAUCAGGAGAUCGCUCAGGAGUACAGCACCACUAAUGACAUCAUAGAAGACGAACCUGCUGGAGAAACAACAGGAAUGAAUGACACAUACAUCGGCUUCAGUGAUGAAACGUAUGACAGUAAAAGUGAGAUAAUAGAUGUGCUGGAUGAAGUAAUUAUGAGUAGUGAGAAUGAAGCUGGGAACAACACUGAUGAACACAGUACUUCUAAAACUAUGGACGCUUUGGAGGAAGAAGAGCUUUUGGAAACUCUCACCCAUGCUCCAGAGCCAGAUUCCAAACACAGCGACACAGAGGAUGUGAUGGGCAAUGAGAUAUUAAAUACUGAUGUAAUGGACACCUCUGAAAAAGACCCAAUCACAGAGAGCGUAAAUGAAGCCAGCGAUUUAGACAGUGAAGGCCGUGAUGCUGAAGAGAUGGAUCAGGAUGACGAAGGCAAUGAAGAGGAAGAUCAAACCAAAAGCAUGACAUUUGAUGACCUUUCAAGCAAGCAUGAGCAAUGGGAAAAUGAUGAUGGGAGCAAUGAUUCUGAACUAAAGGAAGUUUUGCUAUCGGAAACUGAGAGAAAAGCGGAGGUCAUUGAUGAAUGUCAUAUAGAGGCACAAGAACAGACUGACCAUUCGAAGACUGAUGAAAAUGAAGGAGAUCAGUUUGAGGACCAAGAGGAUAAGAACCAUACAUCAAAUCUUGAAAAUCCUGAAAGCAGUGAAGAAAAGCAGGAAUGCAGCCAGCCACAGGAGGAAGAGGACAUCAUGGACAUCCCCUUGGAUGACCCAGAAGCCAAUAAGGCAGCCGCCAAAAUCCAGGCUGGCUUCCGUGGCCAUAUGACCCGGAAGAAGAUGAAACCUGAUGAAAAGACUGGUGAGGAGGUGAGCAGCAGUGGUGAGGCCCUCAAUGGCAGCGAAGGGGACACAGGGGGAACAGAUGGAGUAGAGACAGACACCACAUCCGGAGCAGAGCAGUAAAGACCUUCUCAGUGGGACGAUUUCUUCAGAAAGACUUUUUGUGUCGAAAAGAAGUAAUAAAAUUAGGCUGGAUAUCUCAUCUGAUUUGUGAAAUCUUUCUCUCUGUUCUGCUUAUUAUCCAGCCCAGGUGAAUAUCUGCUCCAGCAUGCUUUUGCAUCCCACAGACAGAAAUUUGUAUACUAUAUACUUACUGGUGAUGUGUUAUUGUUUGAAUAAGAGAAUGAACAUCAUAAAAUUCAGCAAAGCUUUCUUUAGUCGACUACAUGCAUCAUGGUUGACUUUUGUUUUUGAUAAUGCUUGUUUCUUUGCUGUGGUGGUAUGUUUUUAUUACAUUGAUUAAGAAAUGUAGCCACAAUCACUUUAUCAGUGAUCGGUUGUUUUUAAAUCUUUAUAAUUUGUUUGAUUUGCUCUUUGUAACAUGUUUGUGGAUUGUUAUCAGUCUGUUUUACAGAUGAAAAAAAAAUCUGAGCUUCAAGAGCAGUACUGUAUAUGGCAUGGCAAGAUUGAAUCUAUUUACUUUAAUUUCCCUUAUUUUGCCUUUAAUUAAAUUGAUUCUAAUUAUAAUUUAUUAUAAGUCCUUUAAUGCAAUGCAUUUCAUUAGACGUAGAGUACAAUGAUUUGAGUUGUAAGUGAGGAUGCAAAAUGAGUGAUAGAAAAGAACACAUUGCAUGUAGAUAUCAGCAUCUAUAAUCUGUACCUGGUGAAAAGUGAAUAAAUCAGAAAUGCCUUUGCUGUCAUAGAAUGGGCUCUUGCUGUUAAAGUGGGUAAUAUUAGUCUUUUGAAGUCCUUAGAGUCUGUGUUUCUAAAGCCAAGGCAAAUCAGCAGUUCUAUGUGUGGCAGUACAAACUGAAAUAUUAACCCACACAUCAGUGUCAUUAGAUCUGCUGGAGCAUUUCAUUGGCAGCUCACAGCUGGAUGACUGUACUAAUAAACACGCCAGUCAUUAAUCAAGGUCACAUUGCCACAUGGCCCUUCUGUACAUUCACUAUUGCCUACACAACCUGCAUUUAUUCCCAUAUAGCGUUAAGUAAUAUUGAAUAUUAUUGAAUAUUCAGCUGCAGUGUGUGCAUCCUCUUAUAAAUGUGUUUGUGGUGGAGAUAAAUUGAAAACUAAAUAAAAAUACAAAUAGUACCUGU